UUAUAUUUUUGGCAGAUACAGAGGAGAGUGCGCCGAAGCCAAGCAGAGCCCACGGAACAGGAGCUCUGUCUUGGGGAGCUCUACUACUGCUCCAACGGACUCCUUCCCCCCUUCUCUCUCUAUCUAACUUUUCUUUCCUUAAGUUGUGGAUGGUGGGAAUAUUUGGAUCUGGGUUGCUUUGUUUCUCACUGAACUUUGAUCCAUGUGAUCCCAGCCUUGGAUUGAGGACUUUCAUGUUCCUUGUAAGGUUUCUUAUCUUUAAUAUAAACUUUAUCCAGAUGUCCAGAUACAUGGUAUCUUAUUCUUCACGUUAAUCCCUCUUUGUCAACUUCAACAACUAACUGGGAAAAGCCAAUUUCGUUUUUAUUUUUUCGCCAACAUGCGAUCUGUGUGAAUGCGUAUGUCCGAAAAAGACUUCAAAAUAUUGACUUGAAAAAGGAAAACUUGAAAAGGGCCUUCUGAAAACCAUAGGCUUUGAAAUUCUGAUUGGUGUCUUCUGGGGUUGUUUUGGAGAGAAAUUGGUUAUGGCUGUUGCUCUUAGCAACAGCAUAAGUGAACCAUAUACAAGGCCUUGUAACUGUUACAAAAUCCCAAGUUUGACUACGAAUAUUUUGGAAGCAAACCAGACCUCAAACCUUAAAGACCAAUACGUUCUUGGAGAGCAAUUGGGUUGGGGGCAGUUUGGUGUUAUAAGGACGUGCACGGAUAAGGCGACGGGCGAGGUUUUAGCCUGCAAAUCAAUUGCGAAAGAUAAGUUGGUGACUUCAGAUGAUGUGAGGAGCAUCAGGCUUGAGAUUGAGAUCAUGACCAGGUUAUCCGGGCACCCGAACGUUGUGGAUCUUAAGGCAGUUUACGAGGAGGAUGACUAUGUGCAUUUGGUAAUGGAGCUUUGUGCCGGAGGUGAGCUUUUCCACAAGUUGGAAAAGAUUGGGAGAUUUGUUGAGUCUGAUGCCAGGGUUCUGUUUAGGCAUCUGAUGCAGGUGGUUUUGUAUUGUCACGAAAACGGGGUUGUUCAUCGAGAUUUGAAGCCCGAGAACAUCCUGCUCGCAACGAAGGCCUCAUCGUCUCCGAUUAAGUUGGCAGAUUUUGGUCUCGCAACUUAUAUCAAGCCUGGAGAAAGUUUACAUGGGUUAGUUGGAAGUCCAUUCUAUAUAGCUCCUGAGGUACUUGCAGGAGGCUAUAACCAGGCUGCUGAUGUUUGGAGCGCUGGUGUUAUUCUUUACAUUCUUCUCAGCGGAAUGCCGCCAUUUUGGGGAAAGACGAAAUCCCGGAUAUUCGAUGCUGUUAGGAUGGCUGAUCUGAGGUUCCCGUCUAAUCCCUGGGACCAUAUUUCCGAAUCAGCUAGGGAUUUGAUUAGAAGAAUGCUCUGUACAGAUUCUUCUCAAAGGCUUACUGCUCAGCAGGUUUUAGAUCAUUCAUGGAUGUCAACAAAUGAAUUACAUCCUGAACAACAAAGCCAAUGCGCAGAAGAAACAUGCCAAGCAUGGGAUGAGGGUGGCAGCUCAUUUUCUACUGCAUUUAUGUCCAGAGAUCGGGACAUCAGUUUUGGCCAUGGAUCGCCGAUUGCUUGCCACACCCCAUCAUCUUCAUUCACUUGCAGAUCAUCUUUUUCUUCUUUCCUAGCGGAGCCAUCAACUCCUUGCUUGGCAUCUGGUGGGUUUUCCUUUCACAGCAGUGGCGAUUCUAUUGGCAUUGGUUCAGAAAUCUCCUCUUCACCUGUUCUUUCAAUGCCAAGCUUUGCAUUCUUCGGCCCCGAUUCCAUUGUUGAUUAUGCAAAUUGUAAAGCAGAGGUCCCAGUUGACAUAUCCAGAGUCCAAUCAGUUCGUAAAGAGGCAAGCUUGGACAAGUUGCCAUUUUUGCCAGAUUCAUCCGUUUGCUUUACCCACUUAUCUAGUAGACAUAUGGAGAACAAGCCAACCGAAGUUAAAAGAGCCGGGGGAACAAGUAGGCCUAGGGUUGCAGGAAUUCACAGCAAGAGAAACUGUACGAUUGGGCUCGGCGAGCACGAGCAAAUUGAUUUCAUUGUGUCAGAAUCCGUCAUUCGUUGGUCCUCGUGUACUCAUUUUCCUACUUCUCUUAGAUCUUCACUUGUCUGCUGAAACUGUGACCAUAAAUUUUUGUGGGGUUCUGAUUGUGUGGUGGGGGCGUGGAGGAAUUGGCAUUGCCCAUGUGGAGUUUUCCUUCAAGUGAUGUCCUUGUUUCGGGGUUUCUGGUUGUGAGUGCCCACUUUCAUGUUAGUUUUUAACUAGGUCCUAGUUAUGAAGGGUGUUGGCUUUCUAAUUUGGUGGAGUUUGCGUUGCACUAGCAGUAGGUGACAAGGGUAGUGGGGGUGUUUUAGCCUUGUAAAAUGUAGGGUGUGAUCUUGGCAAUACAAAGUUUUCCACGUUUUGCUAUAGCCUAUAACUAAUGGGCUUAUAUUUGUCUCCAACGACUUAAGCUGUAGAGUUUAAAU